UGAAAAUUUUUCUGAUAGGAAGAAGUGGGGAUAAAAAGACAAAGCUCACUCAGCUCAUCACUGGGAUGGAAAAAGGUUACCAACCAAAGGGAUUACGCUCCACCAUCUUCACAGGAAAAUGGAAAGCAGGAAAAGUAACAGUAGUGAAAAUUCCUGACAUGUUCAGUCUGGCCACAGAGGCUGUCAUAGAAGAAAUUCAACGUUUUCAAAGUGUCCUUCCUCCUGGACCAAAUGUUCUGCUUCUGUUAGUAAAACCCUCAGAAUUCAACGAGAAGGACAGACAAACAUUGAAGUUCCUCCUGAGUUUGUUUGGUCAAGAUGCCUUAAAAUAUUCAAUAAUUGUCAUGACACAUUUGACCGAAAUUAGUGUUUCUCUCAAUGACCUCCUUAAAGACUGUGAGGGACGGCACUACAACAUGACUGAAGGGGCUUUGGGACCACUGAUGGAAAACAUUGAGGAUCUCAUGAAAAAGAACCCAGGAAAAUUCCUCAAGCUGCCUGGAGGAAUGAUGGGAUCACAACAAAUGACAGAAUUAACAGAAAAGGUAAAAUACAACAAACCUUCACUAAACCUGGUUCUUUGUGGGGGGAGAAGAGAAGAGAAGAUCUCAGUAGCCAAAGCCAUUCUAGGUCAGACAGAUCUUCCUUCAGCCUCCAACUCAUCAGAGUGUGUUAGAAACCAGGGAGAGGUUUGUGGACGUUGGGUUUCUGUGGUGGAGCUGCCUGCCUUGAAUGGAAAAGCUCAGCAGGAAGUGAUUGAGGAAUCAUUCAGGUGUAUCUCCCUCUGUGAUCCUGAGGGUGUCCACGCCUUCAUUCUGGUCCUACCUGUGGCUCCCCUCACUGAUGAAGACAAGGGAGAGUUACAGACCAUCCAGGACACAUUCAGCUCUAGAGUCAAUGACUUCACCAUCAUCCUGUUCACUGUGGACUCAGAUCCUACAGCUCCAGCUGUGGUUAACUUUAUAAAUAAGAGCAAGGACAUCCUGGAGCUCCUUCAGAGCUGUGGAGGAAGAUAUUUUGUUUUUAAUGUCAAGGAUCGAAAGCAGAUCCCAGAACUGAUGAAAAUGAUGGAUAGAGCAAUCACUGACAAAAAGAGUCCAUAUUUUUACACAUCAGAGACAUUUGUGAGCAGCCAAAUAGAGAAGAACAUCAAACAUGUUGAACACAUCACCAGACUAGAGGCUGAAAUUAGGAAACUCAAAAAGAUAGAGUUGGAUCAGGGUGAGGAAAUAGAUCAGAGCCCCAGGUGUCUUAGGAUUGUUCUAAUCGGUAAAACCGGUUCUGGAAAAAGCUCUUCUGCAAACACGAUUCUGGGACGUAAAGACUUUAAAGCUAAGGCAGACUGCAAAUCAGUCACAAAACUUUGUCAGAAAGAGCAGUGUGUGGUGGACGGCCGUCAUAUUGCUGUGGUCGAUACUCCUGGUCUGUUUGAUGACAGUUUGUCCCAUGAAGAUGUUUAUGAUGAGAUGUUGAAAUGUAUGAGUCUUUUGGCUCCAGGGCCACAUGUCUUCCUGCUGGUUUUACAGAUCGGUAGAAUUACACCAGAGGAGAAGGAGGCAUUGAGGUUAAUAAAGGAAGGAUUCGGGAAAGGUGCAGAAAAAUUCACCAUCAUUCUUUUCACAAAUGGAGAUAAACUAGAAAAUGAUGAGGAAACUAUUGAAGAAUACAUUGGAAGAGAUGAUUACUUGAAGAAGCUGAUCUCUGACUGUGGAGGAAGAUGCCACGUAUUUAACAACUAUAAAGAGAGUCAAACACAAGUCAGUGAGCUGAUCAGGAAGAUUGACACGAUGGUGAAAGAAAAUAACAACAGAUUCUACACCAAUGAGAUGCUGCAGGAGGCUGAAGCUGCCAUUCUGAAAAAAACAGAGAAAAUCCUGAAGGAGAAGGAAGAAGAGAUGAAGAGAGAG